UUUUGCACCUUCCAUAGCCAAAUAAAGUCUCCAUCCCAACUAAUACAGUGACCAUUCGAGGCCUUCCCUUCGAAGUAAGGAACCCAAACAAGAUCUACUCCACGCACUUCCAUGCCUUUUUAUGUUAUUAUUCCAUCCUCCCUCCUUCCACCAUUAACCAAUUAAACUACCUUUCUCUCCUCUGCCAGCCAACUGCCCCCAUUCCAUUUUCUCUCCAAGAACUUUCCUUUUCAGUUUCUUCUUACUCACCCAUGAAAUGGGUAUCAAAAUUUUUGUCAUCCUAUUCAUGGCAACCUCAAUGUUCUUCUACCUAUUGUACAUCCCCGCAAAACUAACCAUACCCAUUUCCAGAUUCACCCCAGUCAUCAACUUAAAUAUGCUGAAAGAACACAAACCUUACCCGGUAACCUUUGCUUACUUAAUUUCUGCUUCUAGAGGUGAUACCAAGAAGCUAAUGAGGGUUAUAAAGGCACUUUAUCAUCCAGGGAAUUAUUAUCUGAUUCAUGUGGACGCUGAUGCACCAGAGGUGGAGCACAGAGCAAUAACAGAAUUUGUGUCCAGUGACCCAGUUUUUAGCCUUGUAGGCAAUGUUUGGAUUGUUGGGAAAUCAAAUUUGGUGACUUAUAGAGGCCCAACUAUGCUUGCUACUACUCUCCAUGCAAUGGCUAUAUUGUUGAGGACUUGCAAAUGGGACUGGUUUAUUAAUCUUAGUGCCUCUGAUUAUCCUUUGGUGACCCAAGAUGAUCUAAUUGAUGCCUUCUCUGGCUUACCAAGAGAUCUCAACUUCAUACAGCAUAGCAGUCACUUGGGCUGGAAACUGAAUAAGAGAGCCAAACCAAUCAUAAUAGAUCCAGGGCUUUACAAACUCAACAAAUCAGAAAUUUGGUGGGUUAUCAAGCAGAGGAGUCUCCCAACUGCCUUCAAGCUCUAUACAGGUUCAGCUUGGACAAUAUUGUCAAGAUCUUUUGCAGAGUAUUGCAUUGUGGGUUGGGACAACUUGCCAAGAACUCUCCUCCUCUACUAUACCAACUUCGUAUCCUCACCAGAAGGCUACUUCCAAACACUUGUAUGCAACUCUGAAGACUAUAAAAACACUACAGCAAACCAUGAUCUUCACUACAUCACUUGGGAUACACCUCCUAAGCAGCACCCAAGGAACCUGGGGCUUAAAGAUUAUAGAAGAAUGAUCCUGAGCAGUCGUCCAUUUGCCAGAAAGUUCAAGAAAAAUGACCCAGUUCUCGACAAGAUUGAUCGUGAGCUUCUUAAGAGGAAAAAUGGACAGUUUACAUAUGGGGGUUGGUGUUUGGGAAGUGGGAAGAGCCACAAGGCAUGUUUAGGCUUACAAAAUGAGAACUACGGUGUUUUGAAGCCCGGAUCAGGGUCAAGAAGAUUGCGGAGUCUGCUUACAAAACUUGUUUCAGCAAACAAUUUCACUAAGCGGCAAUGUAGAUGAAUGCAUACUUUUCUCUACAAAUAAGGGGGAAAAAAAGAAGUGAAAUGAGAAUAUUUAUUUUCCAGUCUGUUUGAUGUGUGCAAAAGCUACUAUGAGAUUUAUAGUGAAAUAGUACUAGUUGAGAAUUAGCAA